GCUUCAGUAACUAUAGCCAGAUAGCUUUGGAUACUAGUUUUGCUGUUAAAGUCUUUUAAAACCCAUUAAUUGCCUUACUGGUAGUAGACUAUUCACGUUUACCAGUAUGGCUCUGACUACUGUCUUGCUGAAGAGUGUUUCCUUACGUGGUAGAUGCUUCAGGCACGACUUUUUGCACCCUUUAAUUGGACCUCUCCUCAAUGAUUCCAUGUCAAAACUGUACAGCAGCUACAGGAGACCAGGGUCACAGCCUGAGAAAAAACCAGCCUGGAAAAGUGUGGAUUUGAGCUUCAAGAAGAGUUUUGAUGUCUUGAAGACUCAGCUAAGCUUGCUGAAGAAGGAGUCCAAAGAACAUUUAAUAGGACCUGGGGGCCAGCCGUGGGACGAGUUCCUGCUGGAGCAGACAAAGGUGGUGUGGGAAUUUCGGAGCCAAGAAGAUUUAAAUAAAUGGGUCAUUUCCUCUGAUGCAGAGAUUGGAGGGAAAAGUGAAGUUUACCUCAAACUGGGUAGGAAUGACCAGGCUGCUCUGCUGUAUGGAACCCUCAAUACAGAAGUGCCUCGUGAUGGGGAGACAAAAUACAGCGGAUAUUGUGGUAUGAGAGCUAAACCCCUUGUGGGAUCUUUUGCUAGGAGGAAGUACUACGACUGGUCAAACUUCAACAGUCUCUAUUUGCGUGUCCGUGGCGAUGGCCGGCCUUGGAUGGUCAACAUUUAUACAGACCCUUACUUCUCUCAUCAAAAGGAUGACCUCUACAACUACUUCAUGUUCACCCGAGGGGGUCCAUACUGGGAGGAAAUAAAGAUUCCGUUCUCCAAAUUCUUCCUGUCCAGUCGAGGAAGAGUCCAGGAUAACCAGCAUCCUCUCUGGUUAGACAAGAUUUGUACCCUUGGAUUCACCAUCGGAGACAAAGUAGAUGGUCCGUUCCAGCUGGAGAUAGACUUUAUUGGCCUGCUGAAUGAUAGAGCCCAUACAGAAGAAUUUGCUUAUGAACUGUAUGAAAUGAACCCUAAAGUCUAAGCUGGGCUGGUGUCACAGAAUCAGUCUAACAA